CCCACCAAUAUCGUCGGCAAAACAACACGAGGAAAUCCUUUUUUUCGUCCGAUUGUCUCUAAUAUAUAUAUUUUUAACAAGAAUUCAGAAAUGUUUCCAGCUUCUGGAGGUGCAAGAAUAGGCUACAGAACCACAAAAGCUAUAAGAUUUGCUAAACAUGGCUGUACCAACAGACCCUUCUAUCACAUUGUUGUCAUGGAGAAAAGAAAGUCUCGACAAGGUCACGUUAUAGAGCAACUGGGUACCUUUGAUCCAUUGGUGAAUGUCCAUGGAGAAAAGCUGUGUUCUAUCAACCUUGACAGGACCACCUAUUGGAUUGGCAAUGGGGCACACAUUUCCCUCCCCUGUAGUAUCCUUUUUGGUCUUGCUGGUCUUUUGCCCAUCCACCCAAGUACAUAUAUUAAAGCCUGGAGAAAUCGGAAGGCAGCAGCAAAUGCAGAAGGAGAGACAGAGUCAACUUCAUCUUCAUAAGAAAUAUUGUAAAUGAAUAGGAUUAAUCUGUGGUGUAUUAUAAAUCAAGUUCUGCAUUUGAAAGUUGCUUAUGAGAAAGAAAUUCAAAACUCCAUUCAAUAAUGUACUGUGUGUGACUAAACAUUUAUUAGACAUUUAAAGAACCUUACAAAAGAAAAAGAAAGAAAUAUUCAAUUGGUAAAAUAUAAUUUCUUUCCCGGGAAAGAGAAUCUAGUGUCAAUUAUAUGUUUACUGCUCUUGUUAUUUAUGUAAAUGUGUAAAUAAAUAUUUUUUUU